AUGUAUCGUCCGCGGAGAGACUGUGAUUGGCUUCUUCGAUUUGUCUCUUUAAAGGAGUAUGUUCAUGUGAUUAGGCUUCAUGUGAAAAUUGAUUUCGAAACUGGAAAAAAAUACGCAAAACUCCUAGAUCAUAAUAAUAACGAACCAACGGAUAUUAUCAUAGUUGAUAAAGAUGAUUUAGUUCAUUCGGAACCCGUCCAAAUUGAAUCAUCUGAAGUUGAUACAGUUGAUACUAGUCAAGAUGCACAAGUUAAUAUACAUCAUGAAGAUUCUUUAAUAACAUUUCCGGUUAUUCCACCUGGACACAAAGAAAAUCUUCGCAUAUCGCAUUCGGAUAAUUUACUUUUUGAAGAAUGUGUUUCUAAAUUAACCACUACACCACAAUCUUUACAUGAUAUAAUAUCUACCUUGGAUAGUUUAGAAGAUUUG